AUGAACUCUGCCGUCCACUUCCUCCUCCUGAUGCUGCCUCUGAUCUCUGCUCAGGUCACUCAAUGGGGUCCCUGUCCCACUCCACGUGUACAGCCCAACUUCAACCUUGAAAGGUACCUUGGUAAGUGGUAUGAGAUCGAGAAGAUACCUACCUACUUUGCUCGAGGAAAGUGUAUUGAGGCAAACUAUUCACUGAGGAAAGAUGGUACCAUCAAGGUGGUGAACUCUCAGAUCUUUCGAAACAAAUUCAGAUCGACUGAAGGGACAGCUGUGAUUCGGAACAAAAUGGAGCCAGCCAAACUCGGAAUCAGUUUCUCUUAUUUUACUCCCUACAGCCCGUACUGGAUUGUAAGCACUGACUACACCAGUGUGGCCAUCGUUUACUCCUGUACGGACAUUCUCCACCUGUUCAACUACCAAUAUGUCUGGAUUCUUGGACGCUCACGUACCCUGCCUGUAGUGACAGUAAAUUAUGCCAAAAUGCUGCUGCAGAAAGAAGGAAUCAACAUUUACAAAUUAAAUGCCACAGAUCAGAGCUGCAAGACUUAAGCUGAUGGAGACUCUCUCUGCUGAAUGACAUCUUCAUCUGUGCCACACAGCGGGUGCUGCCUUUAAAUUUAUCAUCUGGUGUCAUUUCCUUUCAUAAAUCAGCAUUACAUCAUUUUAUUUAACAGCAGUCUUAUGAAGUUAAACUGCUUUUAUGAUAUAAGAAAUAUUACAAGCAUAAUUGCGUGGAAGCAUACUGCAUUCAUUUGAAAAGGGGGAAAAGGUCCUGAAGUUCUUGAAGAA